GACUACGGGCGCCACUCCCCCACGUGACCGGAAGAGCCCUGGCCCCUCUCUGUUGAGGCGACGCUGGCGCAGGGCGGGGCUUGUCUCCCACCGGAAGCGGCGCGUCUCCCCCGCCCACCGGCGGACCCCCGCGCGCCGCGAGGCCUGGGUGCUGACAGCGCGGCCUGAGGCGGCGCCCGGCCCAGCCGCCGGCAGUGCACCGCAAGGCCUCGAAGCGGCGGGCCCCGUUCUCGGUGUGGCCGCGGCGGCGCCUGGCGCUGGCAGAUCACCCAGAAGACACAAUGAGCGUUAAAGCUUUCAAGCUCGUUUCUGCUGUUGAGCGGGAGAUGUUAAUGGGAGACAAGAAUUACAUCAACAUCGAAUGCAUUGAGUGUUGUGGAAAGAACCUCUAUAUUGGAACCAAUGACUGCUUUAUCUAUCACUUUCUGUUGGAUGAAAAGAUAUCAACAGCUGGGAAAAUAACUUUUGCUGCCACCAAGCAACUACAUAAAUACCUGGGCUUGAAGAAGCCUGUGAAUGAGCUGAAAGCAGCCUCUGCCCUCACCAGGCUUCUUGUGCUUUGCGACAACACAAUAGCCCUAGUUAACAUGAUGAACUUGGAACCUGUCCCCACUGGUGCCAGAAUCAAAGGAGCUGUGACAUUCACGUUAAAUGAAAACCCUGUGAGUGGGGAUCCAUUCUGUGUUGAAGUCUGCAUUAUCUCGGUCAAGCGGCGGACCAUUCAAAUGUUCAUGGUGUUUGAAGACAGAGUCCAGAUAGUGAAGGAAGUGUUUACUCCAGAGCAACCCUGUGCUGUGGCUGUAGAUGGUUAUUACUUGUGUCUUGCUCUUACUACACAGUAUAUCAUUUUGAAUUAUAAUACUGGCGUCUCCCAGGAUCUGUUUCCUUAUUGCAGUGAUGAGAAACGGCCAAUUGUGAAAAGGAUAGGCAGACAAGAGUUUCUGUUGGCUGGCCCCGGAGGCCUAGGCAUGUUUGCAACUGUAGAUGGCAUUUCACAGCGCGCCCCAGUGCACUGGUCAGAGAACGUGAUUGGAGCGGCUCUGUGCUUCCCUUAUGUGGUUGCUCUCGAUGAUGAGUUCAUUACAGUGCACAGCAUGCUGGACCAGCAGCAGAAGCAAACCCUGCCUUUCAAAGAAGGUCACAUUCUACAGGACUUCGAAGGAAAGGUGAUUGUUGCUACUAAUAAGGGUGUGUAUAUCUUGGUGCCACUACCUUUGGAAAAACAGAUUCAGGACCUUCUAGCUAGCCACAGAGUGGAAGAAGCCCUUGUUCUAGCAAAAGGAGCUCGAAGAAAUAUUCCAAAAGAGAAAUUUCAGGUAAUGUACAAACGAAUCCUGCAGCAAGCAGGUUUUAUACAGUUUGCACAGCUUCAGUUCCUUGAAGCAAAAGAACUUUUCAGAAGCGGCCAGCUUGAUGUCCGGGAGCUGAUCUCUCUCUACCCCUUCCUGUUGCCUACUUCCUCUUCAUUUAUACGGUCUCAUCCCCCUCUGCAUGAGUACGCGGACCUAAACCAGCUGACCCAAGGGGACCAGGAGAAGAUGACAAAAUGCAAACGUUUCCUCAUGAGUUACUUGAACGAAGUCCGCAGCACUGAGGUUGCAAAUGGCUACAAGGAAGAUAUUGACACAGCUUUACUCAAACUGUACGCGGAGGCAAAUCAUGAAAGCCUACUGGAUCUGCUCGUUUCGGAGAACUUCUGUCUUUUGACAGAUAGUGCUGCCUGGCUGGAAAAACACAAAAAGUAUUUUGCCCUUGGUCUCCUGUAUCACUACAAUGCUCAGGAUGCUGCAGCACUUCAGUUAUGGGUGAAAAUAGUUGAUGGAGACAUUCAAGAUUCUACACGAUCAGAUCUCUAUGAAUAUAUAGUAGACUUCCUUACGUUCUGCUCAGACCAAGACCUAGUGUGGAAAUACUCUGAAUGGGUUUUACAAAAAAAUGAAGAGGUUGGCGUACAGAUUUUCACUAAAAGACCUUUGGAAGAACAGGAGAGAAACAACAUUAAUCCAGAUGAUAUAAUCAGUUGCCUUAACAAAUACCCUAAGGCACGUGUUAAAUAUCUAGAACAUCUAGUAUUGGAAAGAAAAAUAGAGAAAGAAAAGUACCAUACUCAUCUAGCUGUCUUAUACUUGGAGGCAAUAUUUCAGCUAAAAUCUAUGAGCACAGAUAAUUGUACAGAAACAACUGAGCUGCUGUUUAAACUACGCAGUUUUCUUCAGAAAUCUGAUCUUUAUAGAAUUCACUUCAUUUUGGACAAAAUCCAGGGCACAGACCUUCACAUGGAAAGUGCAAUUUUAUACGGAAAACUAGAAGAACAUGAGAAGGCUUUGCAUAUCCUUGUCCACAAGUUAAAGGACUUCCACGCUGCUGAAGAAUACUGUAGGUGGAACUCCGAGAACAGAGAUGUGCAGUACAGACGGAGGCUUUUCCAUCUGCUGCUGUCAGUGUACCUAGACCCAGGCACGUCACACUGUGCACUGGUCACGCCUGCUGUGGAUCUCUUGAAUAACCACGCUGCCCAAUUCGAUGCGGCUCUAGUUUUGCAGCUGGUGCCUGACAGCUGGUCAGUGCAGCUCCUCUCUCCGUUCCUGGCUGGAGCAGUGAGGCAAAGCGUUCAUACAAAAAGAAUGACUCAGGCUGCACUUGGGUUAGCACAAGCUGAAAACUUAAUCUACAAAUACGAGAAGGUUAAACAAAAAGGAAAUCCAAUUCUUCUCUCAGACAAAAAGGUUUGUCAAGUGUGCCAAAAUCCUUUCUGUGAGCCUGUAUUUGUAAGGUACCCAAAUGGAGGUGUGGUCCACACACACUGUGCUGCAAACAAACAACUGAAUUCAGACGUGACUCAUCACUCUUCCAGCUCCAGCAAUCAGACUUGAAAUGUGUUCUGGUCCCACAGAUUCCCGUGACUUGUACCCCAUUGAAAGUAGGCUGGAGAAAAGAACAAAGUGCAGCUACUUUAGGUAUAAAUCAAGAUGAACAGCUGGUCUUCGGGUUAAUGGGAAGACUUCCAGUAAAUAUGAAAUAUCACCACUCAUCUUUUUGAUUUCUAAUGAAUGUAGAUAGAAAAGAAAAUUCACUACCAGAAAUGGAGAGGUGCACAUAUAGGCUCUUCUGUAUAUACUAAUAAACAUUAAAAGAAAAUGAGCCUUUUCUUCAGCUUAAGGAUGAAUGUUAUGGAGACAAGGCAAACAGUUAUUUUAAGAAAUGUCACUUUGCACUGAAUGUGGUGUUGAUAAAUUUGUAGAGGUGGAGAUGGCAUCUAUUGGAGUUCUUGGAACAUUAUGUGACAAGACUGGCUUCACGCAACUUACUAUCAAGACAAAAAUGUGUGUUGGUUGUAAUGGUUGCUGCAGCAUGUCUUCUUUUGGGCUGGAUUCUCUUCCCCAGGAUCACACUAUUAACUUGGUUUUGCUCUACAAAUUACUGGCUUUUGAUGCACUUUUUUUAACACAUUUUGCCCCCUCUGCUGUGUAGAAUUUACAUGUAAGCACUGAUCUGUUAGGUUUCUACUCCUACAGUUACUGUAAUAAAGCGAGUGGAAACAGCCUCAGUCACACAGCUGUGCUUAGAAGAAAAAAAAGCUUAUCUGGUCAGACUGUAGUCACUUUUAUAUGGGGGAAGAGACCUUAACUUUAAUAUUGAUUUAUUUAUUAAUAUGCAAAUACACUGUACAUACAAUUGAAUAAAUUGAUCUUGUAUCAUUCUAGAGUUUCUUUGGAGAAUAAAGAUGUAGCUGAUACAUAAGUGUACAGGUUAUGUACUAAAUGUUUGCUGUAACUUUGGCAGAUUGGAACUCCACAAGAAUAGGCUUUAAUACUUGUGGAUGACUUUGUGCAAUCAAAAUCAUGUAAAGAAGGUGUAAUUGGGGAAAAAAGAUCUACAAAGGUGCACUACAGGGGUAAUGGAUUUGUUGUAUUUUACAAAACAUUCUGUAAAAUAAAGUUUUUCAAAUAACAGCAAAAACCCUUUACUUAACUUCCCUCAUAAGUAUUUGUAUUGCUACUUAAUCAUUUUAAAGAAGCAGAUUCCCACAAGAGAGAUUCAAAAAUGACAACUAUAAAUAGAAGUGAAGUAUUUCCAAAUCAAAGCAUUUCUUCCAAUUCUGUAAAGCUCUAAUAAAUACCAAGCUUACUGACCAGCAUGCAGUCGAGUUAGAACAACCGCUCCCUGUUUCUGUGUUCUAAAUCAGAGUGGAGACUUUCAGCAAAACAGGAUAUCUACAUGAGCUGCAGCCUCCGAAGAGGCUUGGCUUAUGAAACAGCCUUGUAAGCACGGUACUGCCUCCAGGAAGGGGCAACCACACUAUGUCCAGGGGAAAAAAGAUAUCAAUUUCUUUGUCUUUGAACCAAAGACCUUUGGAUCUUUCUCUUGCUAGAGUUUAAAAUUUUAAAAAGUGUAGCAGUUUGGGUUUUAAGAAAUAAAUAAAAUCCCAUUAAGAAAUUCUAUAGCUCUUUCUACAAAGACAUGCAAGUCACAUUCAGUGAAAGGCACCUUUGGAAAAGACAAGUGUGGUCAUUUCUGACUUAAUUCUGGCAUGAGCAGACUCUUCUGUAUUGUAUUCAGGGUUUUCAAACAUUGUGCAUACAACUGGCAAUGAUGACAUAGACAAAUUUGUAGUCCCCUGUCCUCAAAAUACUUGCUGAUAGAGAGGAAGCAGUUUUACAAAGAUGUGAUAAGCCUUGUGCAUACAGUAGCAUGCAAUUCAGAAGAAAUAGUUUCUUUUGCUGCAAGCAUCCUUAGUGUGCUCAUUGUUCAUAUCUCAUAAGGAGGUACUAAAAUGACGACCACUCUCCCUGAUUAAGACUAAUUCUAGCCACUAGGUAGUCAUGAACUUAGUCUUGUCAACUAGUGUUGCAAUGGAAUAGCCAUCAUAUCAUUCCAGACCACGAGAAAGUUCUUAAUUGUUAUUGCAUGAAAAGGUAUGGUCGUAAAAGAUUAAACAAUUCUUUAUUCAUAUUCAGUAUUUUUUCAGAUUUGUACUUUGGCUAAAAUGCAUCAGUAACAAUAGUUGUACAUACAGAACAAAUACAGAAAUCGGAGUAAUGCAGGGGUAGCAUAUUUGCAAUCGUAGAUGAUGAAGAAGGGUGAUCAAUAUUGAAGUUGGGGAAUCUAAUUUUUCUAACCCCUCAGAAAUGUGGAAUGGAAAAAUAUUGACAUUCGAUUCAUACAUUGUUACCUGUUUCUUAGUUAAAUCUUACACCAGAGCUCAUUUGAAUCAAUUAAUAUGGAAGUCAAAUGGUAACAGAAAGAAAAAGCAAAGAAAAAAACAACGUGAGGCUGAGGUAGAGCCAGAGCUCAGCAGGGAGGGGGCAGGUGGAGGAUGCUCUUCCUGUACACGCACAGAGCGCUUGACCAGUUCGAGUGAUACUUGACCAGAGGAGAUGACAGCCAACGUCACAGCAGUGCGUGAUAUUCUGUACUUUAUCGCCAGGAGAUUUAUGAAGGAUCUGCGUUCGGUUUUCCCUAAGUAGGACAACCUUGGGUAGGAGAACUUCACAUUGGAGGAGUUCAUUCCACCUUUUAUGUUGGCACUCUCAGUUUGCUCAUUUUUCAUUUAUGUACCUGAAGCCCCAGGAAAGCAUCGCCGCUGUGGUAAGUUCCGGUGUGGCUGCAGCAGCAAGGAGGGAAUGAAUGAUUAAUCUGGCUAUUAAUUGCCAACUGGAUGCAUGAAGGAGGAGAGACAGGAAAGAGGAAUAUUUCUUUGGCCAUCCUUCUAGUUUGGAAAUUAAAUGGGUUCUGGGAGUUUAAGCUUGAUGCAAUCUUCUUCUCUACAGUUAGGGAAUGUGAUGUCUUAGACCUCCCCAUAGAGAGAGGAGAUUCUGUCAAAAUAUUUCUUCAUAAUUUAGUUCUUGCUAAAUUAUUUGUGUUUGUAAUUAAUCUCUCUCACCUUUUUAUUUUUUCCCUGCUGAGUCUCCUCCAACUUUGUGUGUGUGAAAACCGAAACAAUACUGCAGAUUUUGUUUUGUUAUGUGACAGCGUGUCUGUGAUUCAGGACAGAAUAAAUUAGAUUAGUCUCUCACACCGAUGCUUUUGCAGAUAUUGAGUCACAUUUGCUUAACAUGUAGCUUCUAAUGACAGAAAUAUUGCAGCUCUGACUUUAUUUUUUAGCCAUCCUCUGUUACAGUCACCGAUACAAGCAAAAAACAUUCAUUAAACCCUUUUCUGCUCUUUUAUAUCUUCAUGCUUCCUCACAUAAAAAUUACCUAUGAUGUGUAUACAUCAUCAUAUGCUGCUUUUUCCUCCAAGUCAAAGAGAGAAGAAAAAUACUAAUGAGAAAAAAAUGCCCAGAGUCUGGCACUCUGCUAGAAAUAAGGUUAAUGGCUGUACAUUUAUGAGAAAGAAUUCAGUUAGUUUCUAUGAUUUAAAGGGAAUAAGGUAUCACAUUGAUAAUAUUACAGGAAUACUGAUUUCAAAGUCUGGAGAAAAUAAGCAAUGGGUUUUUGUUACACAGAGCUCACCACAGGUACCUGUGAAGUGACGUUUUCAGGCAGCCCACGGUGUGGUGGUGGCUCAGGUGUGCACAGGAGACCAACAACAACUUCUCUCUUUGCUCCCCCCAACUCACAGUCUCCAAAAUCUUUACAACCGUUGUUGCCUGAUCAUUGUCGCUCUUCUGCCACUUAAUUGGCAUGGGCGUAAAUCUUGAGAAGUCUGGGUGGACUCCUGAGCACAUCUGUCUUUGUUCAAUAAAAUGUCACUUUAUUAGGUUUUCAUAUAGUUCAUAUAAUAGCAUCAGGUGUGGGAAGGUGGUGGUAGGGAUGGAGUAUGCAUGUGUUUUCCGAGACCUUUAUAACAUAUUCGAAAACACAAGCAUUAUCCUGAUUCUGCUGAAUCUCUAUAGUAAUGUCUGUUCUUCGCAGAACUUCUGUUCUGAAUUACAUUUAAAAAUAUUUUGUUUUAUACAAUUGUAUCAAGAAGAAACUUUUUAUUUUAUUGCUCUUCACACUUCGCUGCAGUCUCUAUUCAGCAUAGCUUGAAGUGUUUUAUUAACAUCCUGCUGUUUAUGAUAGACGGCAACUAAUACAUUUUCAUUGUGAGCUCUUCUCCUAUUGCCUCUAUUUACUAAUUAAUUUUUCUCUUGCUGUACAACACUUUGGGGCUUAUGCCUUGUGAACACUGAUAAUUAAAUGUGCUGCUACUUUUAAAAGAAAAAGAAGAAGAUAAAUUAAUGACAUUCUGUAAAGUCUGAUUGAUUACAAAACUGAAGUUUCCCCUGCAGUCAAUUUGUUCAGAUGGAAAUCUGUACUGUUAAUGCUUUCUGACUUUAAGGUUAUGUUGGUGAAUAUCUACAGCAUUAUGUGGAAUGUACAAAUGUAUAAAUACAUUGAUUUUUAAUAAAAAAUCUUUUAAGUA